AUGGAAAAAUACAAGGAUGAGAACAAAAAGCUAAGCGAUACAUUGGAGCGUUUUAAGUUCGAGUUGAACGAUCGUGAUCAGGAACAGCUCCUUACUGAUGUAGAAAUAAGUUGUAUACCUGAGCAUAAGGCUGAGAACGUGACUCAACUUGUUAUGCUUAUUUGUGAAAAAUUAAAUGUGAAAAUUGAAGAACAGGACAUUGUAAGCAUCCAGCGAAUGGGUCCACUGCGAGGUUAUAUAGAAGGAGAAGGCGCUGUUCAGCCACGACCGCUUGCUGUGCGCUUGGCGCACCGAACGCUGAGCGACCGUCUGUUACAAAGCGCGCGUGUCCGUCGCGGUGCCGAUACUACAGUUUUUGGCCUGCCGGGUUCGCCGAAGAAGUUCUAUAUAAAUGAGCGUCUUACCCGUAUAAAUCGCCAAUUAUUCUUCAAGGCCCGUCAAAUGGGCUCUAAAAGUGGUUGGAAAUAUGUGUGGACACGAGACGGUCGCAUUUACGCGCGACGAGAUCAGAACACGGAGGCACGCAGAAUAAGAUGUGAAAUCGAUCUUGUCAAGUUUUUGGCGAACCGGUGGUUGGCUAAACUUGGAGCUUUUGCUUUUCUGUUGUUUUUUUAA